AAUUGGACUGCUCUUUUGUCCCAAAAAUGUGGAACGUGGAACCGUUAUACCGUGCCAGUGGGGUAUCUCGAGCUACGGAAGUAACUACGUUUUCUAUGUCCUACAUAACGAAUUUUCUUUGCAGCAUAAUAAUCGAGAAAACGAAACAUGGCGGAAGACGGACCAAAACCUGUCGACAUUGACACGAGUCGUUUAGACUCCAAGAGACAAACUCUUGACGAUGCUUACGCUGCUCCUGCCAAUUUUCUUGAAAUAGAUGUCUGUAAUCCUCAAACACAUGGUAUAGGGAACAAAAGAUACACAGAUUAUGAAGUCAGAAUGACGACGAAUCUACCAGUCUUCAAGCAAAAAGAAUCAACGGUACGGCGGAGAUACAGUGACUUUGAGUUUCUCAAGCAAGAGUUAGAACGAGAUAGUAAAAUUGUUGUUCCACCGUUACCAGGCAAAGCUCUUGGUAAACAACUUCCAUUUUUAAAGAAAGGAGAUGGUAUAUUUGAGGACGACUUCAUCGAGGACCGGAGGCAAGGUUUAGAGGAUUUUAUCAAUAAGAUUGCGGGACAUCCGCUUGCCCAGAAUGAGAAGAUCCUUCACAUGUUUCUACAAGACAAGGUGCUGGACAAGAAGUAUGUACCAGGCAAAGUCAGGAAUACGUAACCCCCAACCUCGUGCACGAUACAAAUACACAGGCCCAAACAAUUACUCCACCUGUAUGAAUAACUUGUACAAGAAACCUUCAAGAAUUUGAUUGGACUCUGACUUUAUACCUCGGUCACAUUUGCUCUACGGUGGCCGUACGGCGAGUCGAAAAUGGCUGUUUCAACAUUUUUUGUACCAGCUACAUACAGAUGGUUUGAAUAAAAAUGAAUAAAAUGGCUAUUUUCGACUCGCCGUAUGGCCGCCGUGGGGGAUAUGUGCCUGAAGCAUUAGAUACCAGAUGAUGACCCUCAACCACCUGGUCGGCUUGCAUUGGUUAUGUUACUCCUGCUAUCUUACUUUUUAGCAUCAACUGAUUAAAUUGCAUUCGAUUGGGGAUAUUCGGGAUCUUUCAUAAAUUAUAUAUUUGCUCAUGUAAUUAUAGUAGUGGUUACAGUAUUAUACAGGCCCAUAUCCAGCAUCAGAUCUUACAAAGCAUUUCAUGGGCCCAAUUGUCUAGGGACAAUAGUGACUCUAUUAUGCCUAUGCAUGGUCCCAUACAUUUCUUUGUCGUAGUUGAUGCUGGAUACGCUAGUGUUGUUAUACCCAGUGAAGUGUUUAGAAUCAAAAGGCCUAUAAAACUAGUUAUGAGGCCUGCCUAUUUGCAAAAUGAAAUACAAUAGUCUCUGGACAUUCAUAUCUGCUCUUAUGCCUGGAUACAGAACAAAGUUGGAUCAAACCCAGGUACUAGAUAUUUCAUUAAUUGCACUUUGCAAUAUUUGAUUAGCCACUUUUGACAGUUCAUCUGUCAUUCUGUGUAUGUAUAUUAUGUUGAUUGCACAUAUAUAUUUUUCUUUAACGCAGAGUUUGGUCUCAUCUCUGAUAACAUUUAAUAUUCCAGUGGGAAAUCUGCAGAUAAAUUCAGACAAAACCUAAUCCUAAUCCUCUCCCUACAUCCUGAUCACAUACACCAUUCCACCACCCUAUUAAUCUCUAACCCUAAUUUUGUAUCCAGUUGGUCUACUUUUUAUCUGGUGGGUGUUUCAUAAAGCUGUUCGUAAGAUACAAAUGACUUUACGCAUGACGGGUGAUCCUUUCUUGUGCUAUCUGAUAUCCUUAUGUAAUUGAGUUAUGACCCAAGAACGGGUUCCAGUCGUGCUUAAAGUCGUUCGUAACUCUACGAACAUCUUUAUGAAACACCCACCAGGUCUAAUUGCCACUUGGUCGAACUAUCCUUUCAUCUAGUGAUCAGGGCCCCCUCCUACAAAGACUUACGAUUAAUCCAAUCAACCACAACUAUGGAGAGCCGACAAUGUCAACAUCUAAAAUACAUGUUUGUUUAGAUUAGAAUAUUUUCCAGAUAUAUACUCAUAUAUUCUGAACUUUUGUUGAAAAAUUCAUUACGAUUCUCUUUGUUUACAAAGGUCCUGAAAUGACAUUUUGCAAAUUUCCUGAAGAAAAAAUGAUGACAUUGAUUGAUUUCCAAAUACUUAGGUUGAUCAGAUCAAUCGUAACUCUUUGUAAGACGGGGCCCUGAUGUUCUCACUUUGACUUAGUCUACUUAUUAUUUUGCUCUUGAAAAAAAAUGAAAUUUUAUUCAUGUACAGUUCUUCUAAUCAUAUAGAUUAAUAAAGUGGUUUUACUGUAAGAGGAAAUUAUAUGAAAUAGGUCUUUUAUGGCCUAACUGGAAAUAAGAAAAAUCAUGGUAAAUUGCUUAAUGGCAAUUAGACAAAAUGGUUAGGAGAUCAGUUGUUGUAGACCAACUAGGAUUAAACCAUGGCGGGAUGAGACUUGGAUGAGACCCAACGGGCCCAAAAAGCGAAUAUACAUGGAAACAAAAUUACAAUUUAUACCACACUCUGUCUUUUAAAAAAUAUAGGAAGGCUUGAGUAACUGUAUUCUCUAAUUGUCUGAGAAACUGAGAAUAAUUCUAUUAAAUAAUUUCAUCUUCAACCAAUAUAAUUGCCAACCCAGCACUGCACAUUUUCCAUUAGAUUUGAAUUCAUACACCAAAUUUUUUUUUUUUUUUAAUACUCUGGUUCACACACAGACCAAGUUUCUAGAUUGUGUUUUUUUUUCUUCUUUUUACUGUAGUGUAUUUAUUAAUGUAAUUUGAUUUGUUUUCUUAUAAUCAUUUGUCAAUGGUGAAAUAGAGAAGAAACUUAUUUUUGUACAAAAGCACUUGCAUCAGCUAGCUGGAAUUCUUUUGCCUCUCAUUCAAGCACUCACUUGUUGAUGUAAGCAGAGUAGUGUACAAAUACGAACGGUUGUUAACAAUGUAUAAAAAGAAAGAUGAUUAUGCAUAAUAGUGUUUAUAUAUCAGUGUGAAAUGAUUAUGAAAUGUGUUAUUUUUCUCUAAGAAUGUAUAGUUUGUGUGUUGUGGUCGGUAUAUCAUGAUUAAUGUAUGUCUUCAAAUUCUGGGUUUAUUUUUCGUGGAACCUACGUGUAUAGUCACUGUCUCAAUACAUGUAUUUUUUUUGGCAUGUAAAUGCAUACUUUGUAUGGACCACAUGAAAUUGACUUUGACUUGAUAUCGAUAUUGGCAGCAGUAACUAGGCCCAACAAGAGGAAGGGUUACGAUGGAUUGCAAAUAAAUAACAAGGAAUUCAACUGAGAAAAGGCAUACAUGUACAUGUAGAUGUAUAACAUAAGUUUUGCAUAACUUAUUGCAAGACUUUCUGUAAUCUGUAAAUAUUCAGUGAUCUUCAAAUUUCAAACACCAUCAUUAUUCCAUCUUUUGAAAUUUUUGUUCAUGAAAGUAUUUUAGUACAUGUACUGCCCGGCAGUGAGAUUUCAAAUUAAUGCCUAUAAUUAAUUGACCAAUCAGGGAUCGAGAACCCUCACUUGUGAACCAUAUUGUGAACCACUCCCCUUGAGGGGUAUGUGUGAUAUUGAAAUGAAUAUGAAUUAGACAUAGUAGAAUGAUAAUAGUACAUGUACAUUAUUUGUUUUAUACAUGUAUCCCUGUACCUGCUGCUUUCAUUUUAGUUCACUUUCAGAAGAAAAAAAUCACAUAGUAGAAUAUUAUAGUUUUGUUUUUUUUAUGAUGCCUUUGUAUGUAAGAAACUCUGCUAUUCUAGUAUUUAUCCUCGUAUUAGUGCUAUCUAUAUAUUGCCUUGUAUAAUGAUUUGAAUUGGUAUUAUCGAAUGGGAUUUGGGGUUGAAAAGAUUUAGCAGACGUAAUAUGAAAUAUUAAAAAAAAAUCAAACUUGUUUUAUUCUGAAAACAUUGAAAUCUUGACUCGUGUACUCCUGCCAUUUGAAGAUACAUGUAAUGGGGUUAAUGUAAGUCAGUCGUUUAUCGAUUCUGUAUGAAUUGUGAAUAGAGAAUUGUAGAAGGAGUUCAGCUCAUUCAUAUUAACCUUCACUCAAAUUGGCUUUUUAAAAUGAAAUAUUGACAGACGUGUUUAUCAAAAAUAUUGAAUGAACAAUAGCCGCUUUUAAGUUUUUGUACCACUGCGUCUGUUGACAAUCUUGUAAUAAAUAAAAUCUUGUACAUGUUUGUAUGCGAACUUCUUUGGUGAUAUUGUUUAAUAGGACGUGUUACUCAAAUUUAUGUUUGUCUUUUCAGUUAAAAAUGUUAUUUGUGGAAUACUGGAAAGUUUGCAUACAUGUAGUCGUAAGUAAAAUUAAGUAAAUUCUGUUAAUUAAAUCUUUAA